AUGAGACUUCAGGAGCUGGAGAUGCACAAGAAACUUCGCACCGCUUGGGAUUUACUGAUGCGUGGCGAGGGCAUCGAACUUCCUAGAGCUACACAGGUGCUGGAGUCAACAACAAGCACUGGGCACGGGAAGAAACCGGAGAAGCUGCCACCUCCGCCGGGCGAGCUGGGCUCCGAGCGCUUGAUGGAGCUCCUGGCCGCCUCCUUCGAUUGGGACCCCGCGCUGCGCGAUCCGGGCGCUGCUUUGGCCUAUUUGGGCCGAAAGGUGGAAGAGAAGGUGAACUACGAGGACAUGGUGCGACUCCUUUUGGACGCUCGCUUCCGCACUCGCGAUGAGGGCCGCAGCUUUGUGUUGCUCUCCCUGGCGGAGGCGGAGACGCUGCGGAGGGUGCUCCAUGCGCGGCUCCAGGAGAAGGAGCCGAUUCUCAAACAGACACCUAGCGCCGCGCUGGCAUUGCGUUGGAACGCGGUGCUGGAUGGCAGCAAGGGCUUCCAGCCCGGCCCGGCGUUCCAGUGUCGCAUGAUGCACCAGUUGGCACGAUUCUUGGAUGGCCAAUCCUUCUUCCGCCCGCCAGAGAUCUCUGUCCUGCUGCGUGCGUUGCAACGCAACAGGCCCUUCGAGCGUCGCCGCUUCUACGAGGGCUUGGGCGGCUGCCGCCGCCGCGGCGCCUCCGGGGGUUGGGAGCAGCAGCCGGUGGCCGAGGUUUUGCGGCCCUGGUUGGAGUUCGAGCAAGUGCUGGCGCGUGUGCGCGCCGUGCGGCUACACGCGGCGAUUUAUGGCCAAGGGCUGUCGGUGCAAAUGGCCUUCCAACGCUUCGACGUGAACCAGUCCGGCUUGUUGGAGCCAAUGGAGCUCUGCAGGGCGCUCAGAGAGUUGGGCUUCGCCUUUGAUGCGGAAGAGGUGGCGAAUUGGCACCUGGGCACCGAAGAAAGGAUCGAAGCGGUGGACACCACUGGGAAUCACUGCGCCGAUUAUUCGGAGUUCUUUGCCUUCUGCAAGCUGCAAGUGGAUGCCUUGCUAGGCGGAUGCCGGACUUCAUGGGGGUGA